AUGUCGCUCAUCGAUACGGACACAAAUACGUCCAAGCCAGAACCAAAUGAGGAAAAACACUUGAGUGACAACUUUACGCUGGCAUCAGUUGGCGACUCAACCUCCGAAGUGGAAAACUAUGACUCCAAACCGCUCGCAGCUCUAGACUACAUAGACUUGCGGUUUGACUCAUCCUCGUCAAUCACUGUUAACACCCCAGCCCCGCUGGACCUGAAUUCGGGUCUUGAGAUGGAAAGCUUGGAGGGCCCAGAAACGUGUCUUCUAACACCCGUCACUCCUGUGAAAAAGACAUCUUCUUCUGCUUUUAAGAGAUCCUUCACUAGGCAGAAGCAAAUAAAAGAAUUGCUAAACACAGAAGAGGUGUAUGUCAAAUCCCUGAAAGUGCUGAAAGAGGUUUACGUUAGUUAUCUUGGAGCAAGCGAGCCGAUUCCGCUAUUUUUCGAGAACUUCGCUAGUGUCGUCGAUAGUCUGCUGGAAGAGCAUACGCGAUUUCUUAAAGGACUGGUCUCGCUAUACCGCGAAUGGGUCAAGAGUGGAAACUCAGCUGAGACAUCGAGACUGUCCAUCCAUUCUCCCAUGUUCGAAACCCAUGUCCCCCGAUCUGAGGAUCUGUGCUAUCUUGAGAAAAUCGUUGAUUGGAUCCACGAUAAUUCAAUCAAUGUUCGCACGUACAGUGCAUAUUGCCAGCUGGUUCCAAAAGUCAUUAUCUUUGCAGAAGCUAAAAACGUUCAUCAGUACAACACAAGCUCAAUCGUGAUAUACAACGAUUACAUGGUGGAGCACCAAGACGUGGCUUCCAGCUAUUUUCUCCAGCAACAGCUGGACAUUAGGUUCAUCUCGCUGGUCCAGAUGCCCACAAACAGGAUCUCCAGAUACAAGCUGAUAGUGGACUCGCUUUUACAGAAAUCAAAAGGAGACAUUGACUCUAGAAUGAACGAUAAACUUGAAUCAUGUGUGAAGCAUAUCGCUGAUAAAUGCACUCAGAUUAACAAUCAUGUGGGCAGGUACGAGAAAAUCGAGCUGGCAAACCAGCAACUAAAGACUAUGAUGAGCAGUUCUCUCAAGCGUAUAUCUGACGACCCUUACUUCUUCGACAAUAUGGGAGACGUCAUAAUAGUGGCAGCUUUUGCAACCGUCUGGAGCCACCAAGAAACCAUCAAGUACGAAUACUUCGGUUCCAUUCUCUUUGACUCGCAUCUUGUUCUUGUGAGGCCCUACAAACACCGUCAGCUGGGAGUCAAAAUGAUCAUUCCUGUUUCGUCAAUCUUCAAUAUUCAGGACAGUGAUUUAGGGGCCAAAGGACUUCUCUUCACAAUUUAUCCCCACUGUUUUAAGAUCCAGUUUGAGUACAAUUUCAAGCAGUUUGAGAUUGUGGUGAUCUUACCAUCAGAGUCAGAGAAGCAGGUGUGGCUGGAGAAGCUCCGUGAAAUGUCCGCAAAAUGGCGCGCCGAUAUUGGAAACCAAGACUUUGCCUACUCCUUUUAUAAACGAAAACACAGACUGCACAGAAGUGAACUUGAGAAGUUCAGGUUCAGAAGCUUCAUUCCUGACGACAUCACACCAUUCAGGGAGAAAAGUCAUGGGCAGCUUUUUGCUCUUGAAGCGAGCGUUCGCCAGUUCUCCAUCCACCAUUUCAAUCCGUACCCAGACGAGUCUCUGCGCAGAGACCGCUUUUCCAGCCACAAUGUCGUAGUGGCAAUUAAGAAAGAGGAUAGAGUCAGAGUGGAAAAGAGCUUGGGUGAUCUGUGGGCAUCCGAGAUCCCAAAGACUACCGUCCCACUCACACGCAGCAUUUCCGACUUCAGUUUGCGCAAAAAACUGUCGAUCUCGUCUAUUUCCUCUCUCAACAACCAAAACUCUCAGUCCUCGGGUCCGCGUUCGACCUCGCUCAUGAGAGGAGGCCGGAGUGGCACGAAGCUUUCUACUUCCUCCUCCAUGCGCAAUUUGGCACACACUUUGGGCAACAUGAGAUCUACAGACGAAAAGGACGAAACCGUAUCCGGAGAUACAGAAACUUAUGCUGACCACACGAUUUCGGGGUCUGGCUCAAUCAGAAAAAGCUUCAGCUUUAAAAAACUAAUCAAAUCAUUAAGUGUGCAUUCGAAUAUGUCCGAACUCGAAAAUACAAAUUAA